UUCGGCCAAAGCCCACCGGUAAUUGGAUUCACAUACUACAUCUCCGUCCGUGUGUGAGUUGUGUGCCUUAGUGUGGUCAGUGGUCAACUAGUCUACCGUUUGAUCGAUCAGCAAUCGGCAAACCAAGGAUCCGUAGGAGCUUCCGGACGUCCAGCCUUCACAUUCUUGCAGCUAGACUGAGUUGAGAAUAGUGAAAGAAAAUAGUUGACACGCGGACAGACGACAAAAUGGCGGCAAACGGUAGUAACGGAAGUAGCAAUGGCACAACGGCGGCACCGGCCCCACCACCGAUUACGGUUCGGUUGGACGUGGUCGAUCGCAUGAAGCGCUGGGAGGGCAAAGUGGCCGUCGUGACCGGUGCGAGUGCUGCCAUCGGUGGCGCCAUCGCAAAAGAGCUCGUCAAGGCAGGAAUGAUCGUUUGCGCUCUGUCAAGGCGGCGGGAUAAGGUGGAGAAGCUGCGUGCCAGUCUUUUCGAUGUGGCCGGCAAUUUGAACUGCGUCGAGUGUGACAUCACCGAGGAAGAGGACGUUAAGCAUGCCUUCGGUUGGAUAGAGAACACGUACGGUGGCGUCGAUAUGCUGGUCAACAAUGCCGGUGUCAUCACGAAGUGUCUGCUGACGGAGAAGAACAAUACGCGAGAUCUCUACACGACGAUGGAGACGAACAUCAUUGGGCUGUGCAUGUGCACGCGGGAAGCCGUUAAAUCGAUGAAGGCGCGCGACGUCAAAGGCCACAUUAUCAACGUCAACAGCAUAUUCGGACACAAGGUUCACCAGGCCGUCCCCGGUACCCGACCGCUCAAUGGCAUGUAUCCCGCCUCGAAGUACGCCGUAACGGCCAUCACGGAGUGUAUCCGACAGGAGCUAAUCUACCUCGAUUCGGGUUGCAAAGUAACGAGUAUUAGUCCCGGUUUGGUGGAGGGAGACAUUCUGUCGACGGUCAGCUCGAACGAGAACGAAAUCGUCAAGUACAUGCCAAAACUGAAGCCGGAGGAUGUGGCGGAAGCGGUCCUGUAUGCCAUCACCACACCGGAUAACGUGCAAAUUCACGAGCUGGUGAUCAAACCGAUGGGCGAGUUCUUAUAAAUAUAAACACCAGCAACAACAUCUAGCCGCAUUCGGUGAACCGAGAACGGGAUUGAACGAUCUUCUCAAACCAUCCUGCUCUGCCGGACCGACCUUCUUCUCUGACGGUAUCUCGCUCGCUCAUAGGAAUAGCGCUUCUAGGGUAAUAAAUCGUUUAUUUACAUACCGUGGAGGAAUCCGUGAUGGAAGCUCCUCCUGUUGCCAACUCUAUUAUCGCUGACAAAUUUUAACUCAUUAAGACUAAAGAAAAACAUGUAAACAAGUGAUUGCUUACGUAUUUCUGUUUGCCAAUUGCUCUGUGCUCGCGCGCAUCCUCCCGUGGCCUUAGACCCCAACAAACGACUCCUGAUAGACUCUACCUCGCUCACUUUGCCUUUGCUCAACCCCAAAAUUAUUUACUUUCGACCCUCUGAACCCCAUCACCACCAUAGAAACGGUAAUUUGAAGCAGCCACAGUGUUGGAUUCGAUGCAUUCAGUGUAUUGAUAGUAAACUCUAAAUAGUAAUUUAUUUUUUAACAUGGAAAAAUAAAUAAUGCAAUAAACUA